CUAUAGUUUACCCAUACUACAACUGCUCUCCAAGUAAUAUUGCCGAAGUUGAAUCUAGGACAACGUAAUCAAAAUUUUUUUUAUAAGCAGAGCGUUUUCAUCUUAAAACCCGGAAUGGACUCCUUGUUUAUCUCGGUUUUGAAUUAGAGUUUUGUCGAGACAAAGAAGUUCUUCGUAUUUGCUUGAAAUGCAUUGUUAAAAGGAAGGCAAACUCGACUAUCGAACAGCAAAAUUUGAAAGUUCACGAAAAACGUGAUCGACUUCUAAUUUCGAAAAUGGAAAUUAAUUAUCAGAUUUCCCAGCGAAAUAAAGGUUUUAUAAAUUGAUCCAUUUUUCUCACAUUGGGUUAGGUUUAACAAAAAUGUCCAUCAUAAAUUGUUCUAUAAUUUCAAAGAGCCUUAACGCCAUCUAUUUUUUUUCGAAAUUUAUGAGUUGUAGGCUCUUGAAAAAACAAAAAAGGUUUUUCAGUUUUCUUGCGUUCAUUAAUCUUUUCCUACUGUCAGUUGGCUAUCUUCUAAGUUUUUGAUAACAAUUCUUCAAAAAAUCGACAUAAUGUCAAACUUAACUACUUUUCAAACCUUUUUAUUAGAAAAUUCUAAUUUUAUGCCAUUUGAGAAAUUUGGCAUUCUUAUGCCAGCUGGGAAUUGUGCCAUUUGAGACGUAAUCUUCAUCGAAUGACCAAUUUCUAGUCCGCGUAGGUACUAGUUUUCUGGAGUGCAGCCAGUAUUUAGACAGCCGCGAAUUCAUACUCGUCAGUAUUUAGACAAAUACUGUAUGAACCAAUCAGAAUCGAGAAAAGACAUAAAUAAUCCAAAAUAAAUAAUAAUUAUUUAUUAAUUUCUUCUUUGUCUCGAUUCUGAUUGGUUGAAACAGUAUUUGUCUAAAUGCUGACCAGUCUGAAUACGCGGUUGUCUAAAUACUGACAUGUAACCUAGUUUUCUUGUUUGGUCCCAUGACAAAACUACACUGAUCGACAAAAUUAAGCGAAAAUUCAGAUUUUUUCUUAAUUUCUUGCUUUCAAUGUCAAUUUUUGCCAUUUACCUCGAUUUCCAGGAAAUUUUUUACAUAGGCCAAGUAAAAGUCAUCCGAGCUACCAUCUAUGAAUUUAUCAAUAUCUAUCACUAUCAAUACCUAUCUUCAAUGCCUCUUAGCUCUGUUUUGUUUUGCUUACACAGCUCAGAUCCGUAUAAUGUUAAUUGGUACAAUAUAGCCACAGUAUGCAUUUAGUUUGAAAAUAAUAUUGAUUUUGACAAAUUUCGCUUGAUUUGGAAAAGUGCUCCUACGGCUUUUGGCAUUCGCUGUUCAGUUUGCAGACCAGGUGAGGUUUUUCGAUACUAUGAUUCCUAGAUCUUUCUUGGUAUCAGGCUCUGAAAGCUCGUAUUCACCUAUAUGAAUUUUUUGCGAUAUACAAUCUGAAUUGAAGAUCAAGUUAGAUAUUUUGAUAGAUUUUAACACAUGUUAUCACAGCACCAUUUAAAUGAGAUGAUUCAGGUCUGUUUGUAGAUCUUAAGAUAUUAUUGAUAACAGCUUGUAGUCAUCCCUAUAGCCAAAGUGGAUUUCUAGCCACUCGGUAGAUCAUUCAUGCAGCAAAGUAAAAGCAACAGACCUUGUGGAACUCCGCUAUUAACAUCAAGGCAUUUACUGAGCUGAUCUCUGAUUCGAAAUCUCUGCUUGCGAUUUUGCAGAUAGCUUUUAAGUAACUCUAUCAGGUUACCACCAAUCCCAAAAGAUGAUAAUUUAUUGACCAGAAAACUGUUCGACCUUGUCAAAGGUUUUCUCAAAAUCAGUGUAUACCGCCAAGAUAGGACUGACUUUCCUCAUUUUCUUUAAGAGGCUAUAGAUUUCAUCUAGAUAUUUGAACUGUUGUCGAUCUUUUUGCUCAAAAACCAAACUGGCUUUCGUGUAGCUGUUUUAAUAUACAAGGUUGAUGUUUUAUCGGAAAUGAGUCUUUCGAGUACUUUGGAGACUGAGAAGAGUAGACUUUUUGGCCGAUAACUAAUUACCGAUUGCUUGUCAUAUUUCUGUAGCUUGGAGAAGUUUCUAUCCUCAAAAGUAUUUUGAUCUUCGUCAAUGAAGUUUUUUUAAAAGUUUUUCCAUAUUUUCGAGCUUUGUUAGCCCAGCUUUGGUGGGUUGUUUUUCUAUGCGUAUUCAUCAUCAUCAUCAUCAUUUCCUUCCGCCUCGUCCAAGUUUACAGGUCGGCGGGCGCCCCUGAAUUGCCGAGCACCAUGAGUCCCGUUUGAGGGUGUCUUCUUUCCUGAGCCGGCGUGUUUUCAAGCUCUCCACUUCACAUAUCCAAGUUUUGGUCUUCCUUUGGGUCUCUUUCCUUCCACUUCCAGGUCGAGUGCCAGACGAAUCGGGUCUGCGGUGUCUCCGCAUAACAUGACCGAACCAUCUCAAUUGACUGGUCCCAAGCACACUGAGCACAGGGCAAUCGAUAUUCGAACGCCCAAAAAAUUGCUCGGUUGGCACAGUCCACUAGAGAGACUCCACACAUCAUUCGCACCAUGCGUCGUUCAGUAGACGUGAUGCGUAUUCGUAAGGUAUUUAUUCGUUUUAUCAGGUUUAAAGUUGGUGUUUAUCCACAAUGGUGAAGAUCUUCUAUGAUUCGUUUUCUUUUUGAGGAAUAAAUGCAAGAUCUUGUAGGCAUGUGUACCAUGGCUCGACUAAAUGAUCAGUAUCACUGUAGCAAUAUGUUUUGGAAGGCUUUUUCCCAGUCUGCGUUGACAAAGGAAAAAACACCAAAGUCCUAGUUGCAAUUGUUGGUUUCUGAUACUAUUGCAAUGACCUUUAGCAAAGGACACCUUGACUAGGCCGGACUUCCAUCUCAAUGAGCUAAAAACUUUUUAUUAAGUUGAUCCAGUACGCGUUUAACUUAACCUUCCAGUGGCAGCUUGAAGUAAGGUUUCUUUUAAUUUGAAAGAGUGCAUUUAUUGCCUUUUUGGAUUGUAUCUGACAAUUUUCAGACUAGUUAAGGUUUUGAUGUGCAACGAGUCCUAGCUCACGUUGAUAUUCAACUGGUCCCAAAGGAUUCUCCAUGAGAUUGGCUUUUUGGUGCUCCUUUCAAGUUACAAUUUGAGACUUCUUUGUAUUUGGUGUCAUCUUAUUUCAAAGCUAUUUUUCAAUGUUUUCAAUUGCUUUGUUCAGUUCACUUUGGCUUCGGAUUAUUGCUUUGAAAUCAUUUGCGUACCCGUAACGGCAUUUCUUUCAUCGUUUCAGGUAAAUCAUUGAUGAAGAGGAGGAAGAGUAGUUGUCCAAGAAUAGAUCCUUGUUUCUCGAUGGUUUGGUCCCUGCUCGGGGGGAGAAGCGCGGACCUGUGGAUUUUCACAGAUCCCAAAAUUCAAACCUGGGGGGAGAGGAGCCCGACAGUGUGUUUAGCCUAGGCCACACUGUCGGGCGAUACUUCACCCGUCAACAACUCACCCACGGAGUAGCCGACCAUGGGGGGAAAUUACAAGCAAUCAACAUCCCAGCAAAUAGGAAGCGCCAUGUGGAAGUAAUGGCAAGAAUGAAAAUGUGUCACGAUGUGGAGGUCAACCCAGGACCGGCGAAGUCGAAGUUGAGGUGCACAAUAUGCAACGAGGGAUUCAAGAAGAAAGAGUGGUCAGUCAAAUGCAAUGGAUGCAAGAAGUGGACCCACUGGAAUUGCACCUCGCUCGGAGAAGACGGGAGGUGGAGCACGUCGUUCAGAGCACAAUGCUGCACCCCCCAGGAGCCGCAUGCCGAUGACGGUCAAACGGAAACGGUGGAACAACCAACCGUGGAACCACGAGCCGAAAGCAACGAACACGUGGAUCAGCUCCAGAGAAAUGCCAAGAAGCGGGUCAAGAAGCGUGCACAAAAACAACGAAGAAGACAGGAGAAGCGAGACGAAAAGUGGACGGAAAACGCCAAACGUAUGGGCAAGAAGAAACAAACGAGCAUAUGGACUUGGAACAUCCAGAGAGCGAGAGUAGCCUUCCCCCGUCGGAGCAGAUUCGCUGGGAUGCUCCGAGAAGUGGCGAAGAGCCACGCGGAAGUCGUGCUAUUCACAGAGCUUUGCGAAACGGUAGAGGGAAUCAAGUGGAUCAAAGCAGGCGAUCUCUAUGGAGUCCUCAUCCAUGGAAAGAAAAGCGGAGUGUUCCUCAGAGACCUGUGGGCGGUGGAGUGGAAGGAACAAGGAUACAAGAGACAGUGUGGCGACAGAAACACGGCAGUGGAUGUGAGCGGAGUGAGGUUCGUGGCCACAUACCAACCUCUGUGGGAAGGACAAACGGACGAUUUCGCCAGAUACAGAGAGGAAUUGGAAGAUAUGUUGAUAACCCAGAACCUCUUGGUGAUCGGCGGGGACUUCAACUCCAGCGUGGGGGACACCAGAGAACGGAGCAGAGACACAGUCGCAGGGAAGUUCGGGCUGGGCAAGACGAAUACUGCAGGAGUGGACCUGAUCGAGUGGUGCCACGCCAACCAGUUAGCGUGGGUGAACUCGUUCUUCCAACACAAGAACAGAGGAACGUGGAAAAACCCGGCGAACGGAAGCUGGCACGAGCUAGACGGCUUUCUGGUUAAGCAGAAGGAGAGAAGCCGAAGAGUCGUCAACGUCAGCACGUUGGGAGUGAACAAACUGAGCGACCACCGGGCGAAAAGGAUGACCUGCAAUCUGGAAGACAAGAAGAAGCGCCACCACGGUUCGACGAAGGUCCAGCGCAGACGGACGGUGGAUUGGGACAAGCUGAAGAUCCCAGAAGUGGCAGCGAAAUUCCGAGAGAAAAUCGAGAACCCGGAGGAUUCAGUGGAAGACUGGAACGACGCAAUGAAACUGUUCGAGAAAGCGGGAAAUCUAGCCUGUGGUUCCAAAGCGAAACGGAACUUGAGCCCGUGGCUAGAUAAUCACCUGGAAGAGAUCGGCAACUUUCAGAACCUUAUCACUCGGCUUACCCAGGAAAUGAACAACAACAUCCCGACAGCGACAGAAGAACGGAAGACGGUCAGGAAAGACUACAAAAAAGCGAAGAAACGGUGGGAAGAAGAGUGGUGGAUGGAGAUUGUCGAAGACGCGAGGAAGGCAGAACUCCAAGGUGACAUCGGGACGCUGUACAAGACGCUGAAGCGUAUUGGAAUCAGAGACAACUGCACCUUUGAAGACGAAACAUUCAGCCCCGAAGAGUUCCGAAGUCACUUUAUGAAAGUAUCAGAGAACAGAUACGAAAGGGGACGAGACGAGAUCGUUAGGACCAUGGAAGAGAUCCCCGAACGCACCGACCAGACAGCACUAGAAGCGGCCAUUGAACUGGAGAGAGUGGUCACGUGGAGCGAGUUUGAAACAGAGUUGGCCAAGAUAAGGGAUGGAGCACCAGGGAACGACGGAGUUCGGAUGCUAGCAGUAAAGGUGGCCAGCAAACCAAUUAAGCAGGAGCUCCACAGGAUGAUUGGGAAGUUGAUAGACAUGAAACCGGAGGACUGGCCAGAAGAAAUAAAGGAAGGCUGGGUCAUUCCCCUGCACAAGAAAGGUCCCAAGAACGACCUGGGCAACUACCGUGGAGUGUGCCUGUUACCACUGGCGAGCAGACUGAUCGCACGUAUCCUCGCGACGAGACUCCGGACAUGGGCAGAAACCAUUGGCGCUCUGGACGAGAACCAGAACGGUUUCCGUGGUGGAAGGUCUACGGCUGACUCAACGCAGAUCAUUAUCCGGAUGGAAGAAGAAACAAGAAGAGUGUACGGGAUGACAGACGAGUGUAACGAGAACCGGCCAGGGGCUGUCCUCCUAGACAUCACCAAGGCUUACCCUCGCACCAACAAACCCCUUCUGUGGGGUAUGUUAGCCAGAUUUGGCAUGACGGACAAGGUGCUCGAUCUGCUGAAAGGUCUCCAUGAAGAAACGCGAUACCGGGUGAAAGGAAAGGAAGGUCUCAGCGAUGAUUGGGCCCCAGCCAGAGGACUCAGAGAGGGGUGCGCAACAUCACCUAUCCUUUUCAACGUAUAUCAUGCCGAAGCAAUAAGAAGAGUGGAAAGAGAACGGAGAAAGGAGGCGGCGGAGAGAGGUCAAGAGUGCGGUCUCACCUGGAGGUGGACACCAGGAGGCAGCCUCCCACCGAGAGAAGGGCCCAGAGCAUUGCAUAGCAGCAACAAGUGUAAUUUCAUCCUGGAGGACUCGUUGUUCGUAGACGACACCUCUCUACUUGGUUGGACCGAAGAGCUCGUCAUAGGGAAAGAGGUGAUCAAGAAGAAAAUGAUGGAGUUUGAAGAGAAAUGCCACGACGGCAAAGAAGAGUCCAUCACUUUUGCAACUACCAGCGCCCAGAAGACUAGAAUGCUGGGAACGCUCAUCGGGAAACGAGAAGACCGAGGAGCCAGGAUCAAGAGAGGGUACCACGCGUGGAGCAAGGUGAAACAAUGGCUCUGGAAUUCGAGCCUCUCCAAGCGCACCAGAGCAUUGGUGGUCCAAGCCGUAGUGGAGUCCACUCUCCUGUCUGACUGUAGCGUUAGAGCAUGGACACCGACCGACAUCCAGAAGUUCCAGAGCGUUGCAGACAGAGCCUACAGGUUUGUGUGGAACAAUGGAAAACCUCACACACUGAUAAGGAUGCAGAAUGAAGGAGUCAACAGCUACGAGAUCCGCAGACAGUUGAACAUUGAAUCGAUAAGGACUAAGAUCGAGUGCAGAGCAUUAGAGCGAAUGGGCCACGUUCUCAGAAUGUCGGAUGAGAGGAUUGUGAAGAAAGCCGUGCUCGGAUCCUGGGACAUGGAGAGGACACGCAGUGGGAACUCGCGAGGCAACACCAUCCAGUACUGGCGCAGACUGCUGAAAGAAGCGGGACAUGAAGACGACAACAGCGAGAACCUCACCAAUGACCGGAAACGAUGGAAGAAGACCGUUACAGAUCGCAGGACGUUCCUCAAAAACUGGGAGACGCAAAUGUGCAACUGGCACAGAGGAUCGGAAAAACCGGCCCGCUCACAAUGGAAUAGAGAGAGAAUAAGUGACAGCGGUUGGCCUUGCCGCUGGGACGGAUGCGACAAGAUGUGCGCAACAAAAGGAGGACGGACGAAUCACGAGAGAAAAGCACACAGAAGGGAGUCAGUGGACUACAAGUGUCCAAAGUGCAACGACAGUUUUUCGGACCAGGCUGCUCUGACAAACCACUUCAAGGCGUGCCAAGGAGGGCAGGGUGGGUUCUGUCCGAAGUGUCAGAGGUCCCUGUCGUUGAGCAACAUGGCAAGACACCGGAGGACCUGUCGAGAACACCCGACAGCCCCAGAAGUAACCAACACCAUUAUCACAGGACGAUUCGCCGGAACGAGAGCCAGAAUCCAAUGCGAAGAAUGCGGUACUUGGGUGACAAAAAACAACGUUUCAAGACACUGGAGCACAUGUCCUGGAAACUGGGAAUCAAGGCCCCCCCACGGGGCGUAAAUGACAAAAGAAGAAGAAUAGAUCCUUGAGGUACUCCGCUGGUGGUUCAAUUUUGAGCAGUAGUUUAUCAUGUGGUGUCAAAGGGUUUUGCGAACUCGAGGUAUAGCGCGCUGAGUUCUUUCAUCGAUUCGAUUUUGUCCACUAGAUUGGAAGUUGAGAUGAUUGGUCCCGUUAUUUUCUAAAAAAAAAAAGAGCCAGCACGGGAUUUGAACCUACGACCUUGGGGUUGUAACUGGAUUCGUAGCCGCUAGGCUCGUUUCGACAGCAAUAUAGAAAUCAAAUCGCUCGCUGUUAGAAUUAGCCACAUACUGUGCAUCGGUUUUUAUUAGGGACCUUAUCAUUUUUGAGGGACCAAAGUAAACUAACUAGUACCUCCACGUAUUCGAAAAAUUCACUCCCAUAAAAUCUUGAUACGAAUGGUGAAAACUGGUUUUAUUGGACCCGGCAUAAUCUAAGUGCUGCAAAUCAGAAUUUAGACCUUCAAAGAGAGAGAGCGAGGGAGUAGAUAUGGUAAAAUUUGAAGUAAUUAGUGUCCAAAAUAGUCCAUGAAGUUGGGCAUAUUAGAGUAAACACAUGAAUUUACGUUGAGUUUUGUUCACUAGUGUAAUGGGAAACAUUUCUGUUACACAGUGCACAAGAAUAAAGAAGGCUGCUCGUAUCAGGGCAAAGCCCUCAAUGUUCCGACUGUCUCUUAGCUGGUCUCAAAUAAUUUUGUUAAUUGAAAUAUUGGCAUAAUAAGAAUGUUCGGCUGAUAAUAACAAAUUUUAAGAAUAUGGAAUUGGAGUCGUGUAUGGAAUUAUUCGCCUUGCGUAAAUUUUUCGCGUUACACUCAGCAUCGGAGUAUACGCGCGAGAAAGCAGCGCAAGAAGUUAAUUUAAAAUAAACUUAUUUAAACAAUUAGUUAGAGUUUUUUUAACAUGAUUGCUUAUCAUUUAUGAUUGACCGAGACAAUUAAACAUCCCAUUUGAAAAAGUGUUCUGAAAAAAAGCGUUUUCAAACCCAAAACGCUUUUCUUAUGAAAAACUAACUUUUGAUUUGACGCUAAGAUUGACCUCUGUUUUCUGUGAUGCUGCAAUCAAAACAGACGCUGACUCUCAGAAAACCAAAAUACGAAUGUUAUUUCGUAGUCGCACUGGUAGAAUCUGGUUAGAAAGGUGCUAGGGGUUUUAGCAGACCGAUCUUUUAGCACAUUAACAAUUAGCAAUUCAGAACCCUAGCUUCAAAUGCGGCAUGGGCGAUUAGCGGACGCUUGCUCCACUGUGCUUCCAAUCACCACGAAUUUUUUGUGCGUGUAGACAUUGUUUUGCCGCUAAUUUAUACUGCGAUGUUUUUGAAGCACAAUAGUCAAACCCAAUCUUGCAUCUCUUUAUUACGGAGACCGAUCGUUUAGCAGACCAAUCUUGUCGAAUAAAAAGUAAAGGUAGAGUCUUUUUGCAGACCAAUGGAAUAAAGUGAAGCAUAGUUGAUCGAAAGACUAAUGGACACUCAGUAUUGGGUCAUGCUUCCCCAAUUAAGGAAAUUAUCUCACGGUUUGUGAAUGCAACUCAAUUUGAGAAACCCAAUAGUCUUUAUUAGCGCCACGAAAGAUUUACGGGGAAAGUAAACAAUCGGAGCAAGCGGCCGCAAAGCGCCAAUGACUCUUCUGAAAUAAACGUUCUGGCUCGCUAAUUGUUCUCAAAAAAAAAACCGGUCUGCUAUAAUCCCUAGCACCCUUUAUUACGCUUUGGUCUGCUAAAAUACUUAUUUUUCUUUUUUAUGCUAAAAGAUAAGGCUGCUAAACAAUCGAUCCCCUGUUAGAAAGUUCCACGAUUCUCUCAUCUGAAGUAAGUUUUCAAUGGCUUUCAGCCUUCAAAAUA